GAGCGAGGUUCACCUGGGCUGCUUCCAGACAGCGAGCGCGAGGAAGUGGCCGCGCUGGGCUGAGGCCGCGCGGUUUGGGCGCUAUGAGGGGAGCCAAGCGCAGAAAGGAGAAGGGAGAGGUCGGAGGAGGAGGCGCCCGGACGUGACUGAGCCGCUCCGAGAGAGGAGUCCGCCCAGGCGAGUUCUGGGGGGCAUCGACUGCCCCCUCGGGAAGCGAGCCUUCGUGGGAGAUGGACCCACGAGGCUGGCCCUGCCUCAUUUGCAGCUGCCUCUUCUGGUCAGGUAAGGAAAGGGCGGCUCCUCUCGUCCAGGGCUUCCCGGGGUUACUUCUGGGAGCGGCCGGCCAGAAGCUGCUGUUUUCCCUCGGAAUUGGGACGAGAUUUCUCUGCGCCUCCCGCGCACGUGUCCGGCUGCUGCCCUCCACCAGGAGCCAUCGGGGGUUGCUAUAUUUCGAAAAGUAAAAUUCCUGACACAACCGCAAAGUUGUUGAGGGUUUUUUUUAGGAAACCACCCAAAUUGUUUGGGAACAAACCCAGAUUUUAAGCUGCUUGAGCUGCUUCGCCAUCGGGGAUUUUCCGGACCUAUGGCAAGCCCGGAGUCAUCAGAAGGCGGGGGCGAGGGAACCAGUGAGAUUUAUAAAAUAUUAGUAGAAGGAUCAAGAAGAUCAAUUAAAAGGGGUGUGGGGAAAGGAGAUGACAGGGUAGAUAGUCAAAGCUGGAGGAAAAUAUGGGUGAAAGUAUGUUGAAAAUGUUGUCUAUAGGAAUAAAAGAAAAUUAUCAUAAAUUAGUUUGGAGAAGGUAUUCAACACUGGUCAAAUUAAAUCAAAUAAACAAGGAAUAUUCGAUGUUAUAUGGGAGGGGAUGCCAGGAAACUGGGAAUUAUGUCCACAUGUGGUGGAGGUGUAAAUAUGUACAUUUUGGGGGGGCAAAGGGUGUUUAAGGAGAUAACAGGGUUAUCACUGGGUUAAAAGUGACCGAAAGUCCAGAGGUAGCAUUACUUACGAUGGGGUGGAAGGUUCGCAGGCUAUGAAGCACUUGCUCACAAAUUUAUUGACAGCAGCAUAAAUUAUUAUAGCUAGGAAGUGGAAGGGGCAAGCAGAAUAUAAAAUGGAAUACAUUAGUACCUCGCGUUACGUAACCCUCUGUUUACGUAAACUUUAGGUUGCGAAUGCGGCAAACCCUGAAGUAUUUUUCUGGGUUUUGUGGAGCUUGCAUGCGCAGAAGCGAUCCACAGGUUGCGGAAACCUUGGGAUCCAACCGGACGUCCGGAACGGAUCCCAUCCGCAGAGGUACCACUGUAAUGGUAUAAAGAGGUAUAUUAGUAUGGUAUAAGGAGGUGUAAUUGUAUGUUAAUGAUAAAUUAACAAGUGCCUUUAAGGUAAGACAGGGAACAUGCAGGAGAAAUGAUUCUGAGGAGAUAUGGAAGGUGUUUGUAGAAUUUGUACUGUUAAAACAGAAAAAGGUGGGUGGGGAUGAGAUCAAAGGCAGAUUGGAGGCUCCCAGGCAAUGGUUUGUUGUCGUAGCCUGCUGUGCACACAUGUUGAUGCACACGGCUGACGGUGUGUAUACACGGAGCCUCAGAAACACAUAGGGGUGUUUUUGCACAGGGCGCUUCUUCUGUGGGUCUUGCUGCUGCUGAGAACUAAGCCAUAGUCUGGCAUAGCAUUGCACCUGAACUCAGGUUCUGGUUUGUUUCUUUCCCAUGAACCAUAACCAAGGUUUGUUCUUGGCUCAUUUUUUUUUUAAACAAACAGUGAGCCUGGAUUUGGAAGCAAUGCUAAGUUAGACCACAACUUGUUUCCUGGAAGCUCAUCAGGAGCAGGAGAGGAGUGAAGCACCAGCAGUUUCAGCUGUGUGCACCAAUAUGUAUGCAGUGCAUUCCCUUUUAAACCAUAGUUUAACUAUGAUUUAAGUUCAUUCAUACCAGUCCUCCGAAGCGAAAGACAUAGGAUCUGGUUGCAAUAAUGAAACAAAAGUGUAAUAAUGAUCUUUUUCACUUUUGCGUUGGUUGCCAUAAGUGACCAGGCAUUUCAUUCAGGCAAGUGGACUUGCUGGGCAGGUUGCUCUGUUCCUCCUUUGUGCUUGGCAAAUAAACCAAAUAGACAGCUGGAGGAGGGAGUCCUCUUCCAUGCCCAGCAUAGGAAUGCAGUUUUAUAUCCCUGCCCUGCCAGCUCUCAACAAGGUAGUUUGCAUGUCAGUAACUUUUGUUGGCUUUUUUACAAGCAGCUGUGAAUUAACAUGGUUUACAAGUCAGAUUGGCACCGUUGUUUAGGAAACAUAUAAAGAAGUAUCAAUGGGAAACUGAUUUAAAUUGGUUUCUCUUGUCUCCCCCCCUUAGAGAUCUAAAUAAUUGCUCUAAAUCAACCCACUCGGCUUAGACGGUGACCAGACACACCCUUUAGAAACUCCAGUGCCUGUCAUAGUUGGAUGGAACAGCUGUAGCUUUCGUGAAACUUAAACCAGUUUUUUAGGUCACACUGUGCCUUACAUUAAGCACAAUUUUAAAGAAACGUGUUUGACACUGACACUGUACAUUUGAAGAAAAAGCAGUUCACCAGCAGUUGUUGCUGGUGCAAUCGAGCAGUAAAUAUGACUCUCUCCUCACUUCCUUUGACCUGCACUGGAAGCUAGAAUGAUGCAGGUGAGGGAAAACACACACAGCCAUGAAGCCCCCUGGAGUACACACUCACCCUCCCAGUUUUUUCUCCUUUGAGCUGUGCUGCUUGGUAGGGAAGGAAGCUAGCAAACAAGACAAGUUACUACUCAAUCCCACCUCUCGCUCAUCCUCUUUGGACACAGCAGCAGUGAGGAUGAGGUGCAUGGCGCUGCCUAAAGAGAGUGUAAAUAGCUACCUCUGCCCAGUUGCUUGCCCCCCCCCAGCAGUGCAGCAUAGCUGGUUGGUUGUGGAAAUCUCAUCUUUGCUGGCUUCCCUGUGCUCUCCAUGUUAGUGCUGCAAGAACAGGCACUGGGCCUAAGGAGCCCAAUCCUCUUCUCCAUCCUCUUGUUGCCCAGUGAGAGAGGGCAGGUGAUCAAGUAGUCCUCUUUUCUGGAGUAGCUGCUGCCUCCACAUAUUUGUUCAGCGUUCCUCUUUCACUUGCAAUCAACACUUCCUCUGAUGCCUUACCUAUUAUUUCCGACUGGAAGUCUCUUCCUGAUCACACAUCCUCUCUCUUUGGGUAACACAGCAGGAAGGAUUGAUCUCAACGGUGUCAUUCACAGUGAGCAAGCAAAGCAAAACAGUUGGUGGCUGCUCCUCAAGAAAGUGCCGCCUCAUUGCCUUACUCACCCAUGCUUCGUCUGUUAUUGGAUGGCACUGGGUUCAUCAUGCCUCUGAAUGUCAGUUCCUGGGGAUUACAGGUGGGCUGAGUGCUGUUGUACUCACGUCCAACUACUUGCAGGAUUCCCACACAUCUGGUUGGCUGCUGUGGGAACAGGAUGCUGUGGAUUAGAUGGCCUGAAUCAGCAGAUUAAGUUCUUAGGGAAAUACAGGUGGUAAAAUAGACAUCCCUUUUGGGGAAUUCCCUUUUGCUGAAGUGGCAUACCACCAUUAAUGCAAGUCUGGAUCCAAGCCAUAGUUCAGUUUAUCUGAUGAAACUAGAAGGAAACACACUAAAAUAUGUGAAAGAACACCAAGACUUUAAGCAAUAGAAAGCUGUGAUUGAUGCUUUCAUAGAAAUGUUACUAAAACCAAGUGUCUUUUUUUAUUACCAAUAUAACUGUAGGUGUACAGCUCAUAACUGAACAGCAGCGUCAGUAAUUAGAACGUAUUUUCUCAUUGCACUAUUUGGGACAAUAUAGUCAUAUAGAAGUUGUGUAGAACAUGUGAGAUUGCACACAGUAAUGACUUCCUUUAUACAAUCAAGAUUCAGGUAGUAUAUGGGCUUGGUACCUCAGGUUUUAAUUGGGUUAAUUUUUGGUUUCUCCCCAUCUUUUAUUCACCUGCAUGAACCCACACUUCCUUUCUUUGCCAUAGUCUGGAUGAAGAGUUCUAGAAAAUCUGAACGUUGGCACACUAUCUUGUGAUAGUUUGACUGGCUUAAUAAAGGUGUUGCCCUAAUAUAGAUUUUGGAAUUUUUCUUAUGAGCUACACAGCCAUCUUUCUUUCUUUUUUUUUAAUCUUAGGGUUGUCAGUUCUGAUGCAACCAUCCAUUUCUCAUAGAUAACAAAAUUUGACUACACACACCCUGAUUGACAGUUGCGAAAUUUUCCUAUAAUAGGUGGAAGGAUGCUGUUUACAAAGUGAUUAAACAAAUUUAUGGAGAACAAAUCCAGUUAUGGUUCUUCUCAGUGAAGUCAGCUGAAUGGAAUGCCUGUGUAAAGGAAUGAAAGAGGAUUGAUACUUCAAUCGUGCUCUGAUUAUAAGGUUCUCAGAGGCACCUUGUUGUCCACAGCUGGAGACGGAAUGAUCAACUCCCUGUCUGAUCCAAGAAGACAGUUCUUAUGUUAACAAAUCAAAGGCUGGAGUGAGAUUAGAACUGCUUAUUUUUUCAUAGCCCAGUGUGUAAACUGGCAAGCACCUAACUGUUCAUUAUAGCUGCAUGCUACUGAAAGUCAUGUUGAAAACAUUGCUGGCUCCAGGGUUUCAUAGGGUUUUUUGAAGGGAGAUGGAGGUUACUGGUUUGUUUUGUUUUCGUCCAUGUUUUUAUUAUGUAUUUUGUAUUUUUAUCCUGUGUUUUUAUGCUGUGAACCGCCCUGAGAUCUUGGGACGAAGAGUGGUAUACAGAUUUAAAUGGGCAUACAUCCUUCUUGCCACUGCCCAGUUAUCUGUUGUAUUCCUCUGUGUCCAACCAGUCAGCCCAGUGGAAGAGUGAAAGAUGAAUGGAGGCAGCGGUUCCUUCUCAUUCAGUCAGUGCUUGGGGAGGGCAUGGGGAUAGGCAGCAACAGCAAGGAAGAGAACCAGCAGGAUAGGGAGACUGUGAUGCUUGACAAGGGGCUCCCUGCUAGAGUGUGAGCCUCAGCAGGUACCAGACAAUGCUGACUCUUGAUUCCAUUCCCACUUGUAAGGCAAAACAGAUGAGUUUGGAUCUCUUUAUUCUAUGCAGAUAGUGGCAUAGCAUAGUCCGUUCUGUAUCUUGCAUUCAUAGUUGUAGAAAGUUCUUUCAUAUGGAAACUUCUAGAGCCAAACAUCUUUGAAUCCCACAUUUUUGUGUACAUUACCAAGGUAAAGGUAAAGGUACCCCUGCCCGUAGGGGCCAGUCGUGUCCGACUCUAGGGUUGUGCGCCCAUCUCACUUAAGAGGCCGGGGGCCAGCGCUGUCCGGAGACACUUCCGGGUCACGUGGCCAGCGUGACGAAGCUGCUCUGGCGAGCCAGCACCAGAGCAGCACACGGAAAUGCCGUUUACCUUCCCGCUAUACAGCGGUACCUAUUUAUCUACUUGCACUUAGGGGUGCUUUCGAACUGCUAGGUGGGCAGGAGCUGGGACCGAAAGACGGGAGCUCACCCCGCCGUGGGGAUUUGAACCACCAACCAUACGAUCGGCAAGUCCUAGGCACUGAGGUUUUACCCACAGCGCCACCCGCGUCCCAUACAUUACCAAGAAUACAUUGCAAUUGCUUUUACCCAGUAAUUAAACUACUGUGAUCAAAAAUAUUGUAUAAUGCUCUGUAUUGUUAAUUCACAGUACUUAGUAAAAGUGGUCUUGCACUGGAAAGGUAAUGUAGUUGGUACAUUUUGUGCAUUUAAAUCCUGCUGAAAUAAGUGGAAUUUCAGCCUUCACCGGCUUUCAUAUAUCUUGGAUUACAACACCCAUCUGCCCCCCAACCAGCACAGCUGUAAGUUAUAGUCCAGUCACCAGGUUGCCAGAGGCUAACUUAAAAAUGCCAAACUACUAGGUUGUGGCAAUGCUUCUUGCUCGGCUGGAUGGAGGGUAGCUAGGGGUAUGUGUGUAGAAACUUCCCAUUCAUUGCUCUGUUAACUUUUGCCUCUGGCCAUGCCCACCAAUGGCAUGUGGCCCCUGGGAGGUUGCCCAGAAGGGGAGUGUGGCCCUCAGACUUUAAAAAGGUACUCCAGCCCUGGUUUAUGCCACACUUAAUGGUACUGAUCAGAAAGAUAUAAGGAGGAAAGUGAAAUUGCCUCAUAAGAUCAGGGUAGUAGAUAUAUUUCUUUUGCUAUAUUGUAAUGACCUGCAGUUGUUAUAGGCAAUGAAUCCAAGAGCUGAAAUAACGAGAUCAACAUUAAAAUACCUUUUGAAGAUCAUUUUUAUCCACUCUGAAAAUAAUGGAACAUUUUCUAGUUUCAAUUUUGUAGCAACUAAGAGAAGUUGAAAAACGUACAAAGAACAGGGAAGGACAGCCAUGCACCAUGAACUAACUGAUGGGUGUAAUAUAAUAUGAUUCAUUCUCGAGUCAUAGCACUUGAACAAUCAUGGUAUUUUACAAGAUUGAGUAAACUGAUACUGAAAAUUCACUGCUGAUCAAAUGCAUUUUCAGACUGCAAUUGAACUAUUUCACAACAUAUUUUACCAUAUAUUCUUGUAUUUUACUUUUUAAAAAAACCCUCUGUUUUCUGCCUUCUAGUUAAAAAACAAAAGUUUCAGCAAGUAUUGACAUAAAUCAGCUCAUAAAUCGUAAAAGGGAGUUACAAGUCACCCUUCAGCCAUCUAUGCAGCCCUUGACUCUAAGAAAAAUGCUAAAGUUUCACAAAGAGAUGUUUGUUCAGCCCUUUCUGGAUAACCUCCAGUUGACGCCUUUCGUAGACCACUUUCAUAGUGAAAAAAGAUUUCCUAAUAUUUAACCAAAUUCCAUUUUCCUGUAACAUAUAUGCCACGAUUCAUUGGUCUCUUAUGAGUAUCCUGCUUCUUGCUUCCCUCUGCCAAAUGGCAGGGCUGGCUGCUCUGCGUUUUGUAUUCAGUAAUGCUGGUUAACUACUUUUAUAUUCUGUAUUUCUGACAUCCUUGAUAUGAUGCUUUCUUCCAUCUUUCAGUAUUCCUUAUUACAUAUCCCUGUGUUUUCUUCCAUCUUCCUUCAAUCCUUCUCUGAUUUAAAUAUGACCUUCCUGCCAUACCUUCAUUUUCUGAAUAAAUUUAUCAUGCUGUAAAUCUCAGAACCAAAAAUAACACAACAGGUGAGGUGAUACCGAUGAGGUUGUAUCUUAAUAAAGAAGUAGCAACAAUGACAAAUGGAUGGUGACGAUUUAGAACAGCCUUUGCCAACGUGGUGCCCACCAGAUGUUUUAGACUACAACCCUAGCCACCCUUGCUGGCUGGAACUGAUGAGAGCUGUAGUCCAAACAUCUGGAGGGCACCAGGUUGGGGAAGAGUGCUUUAAGAGUAGGAGGAUUAAUAAGCUUGGUAUACAGCAAAACAAUUGAAAUGCCCCCUGCACUAGCACUACUUGGGCUUAGGAUCCCGUCUGCUCAUGAUUAUUCUAAAGAUCACCUCUUAGUCUUUCUUUUGACUGCUGCUGUUAUGGAGAUAGCCAGAUGUUGGAAAACCGGUGAUGAAAACAUUGAUUCUUGGUAUAACAGACUAUGGUCAAUAGCAUUGGCUGAGAAACUAACAUGCCAGGUGAGAGUGGCAAAGAGCAAACACAAUCCAUAUACCUUUUAUAACAUAUGGCAAACGUUUGUUGAAUACAUCAAUUGUUCAGACUGUGGCAGGAAUCCACCCAGCACUCAUGGGGAAAUGUGGUAAUCAAACGAAACUUUAACACAUGGCAUGAUAAAAGUCUGUAAUUUUAUCAGGACAAGUUACUUGUGGUUUACUGUUGUAACAAUUGUUUUCUCAAAAUUUAUCUUCUGUACCAUGAAAAUAAAUAAAAACAGUAUUUUUUUAAAAAGCGUAGGAGGAAAGAAUUAACCACAUUUGUAUCCUAAAUUGUUUAAAUGCAUUUUUCCAACCAGUGAAAGAAAUUCAAGGCCACAUACGGGUAUUUAAACAGCAUAUCAUGUUUGUAUUUACAGUGCAUGGGAUGGUACCAGAACCUCAGAAUGUAAGACUUCAUUCAGUUAUGUUCGACACUUUUCUCCAGUGGGAUCCACCUAAUUUUAACAAAGGAAGCAUGACUUACACAGUUCAGUAUAAAGUGUAUGUGUGAGUGAAAUGGCUUAUAAUUUUAAUAGUUUAUUUUAAGGGCACAAUCAUAUGAUCUAUGGAAGGGCACCACAGAGGCCAUAGAACAAAGCAAAUCUUCUUUGUUGACAGCUAGUUCCCCGCCCUCCCCCCCCGAGACCCCCUUCUUGUACUUGUGGAGACUUCCACAGCCACCCCUCCCCCUGUCUUGGGUGCUUUGGUGCAAGGGAGGGAAAAAGGAAUGUGCCAGGGUCAGCUCCAGGUUUGUGGAGCCCUUGGCCAAAGUUUCCUGUGUUGGGCACCUUUCUCUAUCAGUGGUCCCUGGUGACUGUUGUAGAGGCAGCGCUUUAAAAAGUGUGGUAUGGCUAGGUCUAGGCACCCUAUUGAUUUCUCACUAUGCCCCAGAGAUGCUGGGGCAGGGGGAUAAAGGGGAAUUAAAGGAUAGCUUGAUGCAGCCACUCAGCACUGCUCAGAGUGUGGAGCCUGGGAGUGGGGGGAUAAGGGUCUCCAGAGCAGUCAUCACUACUGGGCUCUGUAAGGGCACUGGGAGCUGCCCAAGGAUACCACAUGAUAGAUGUUUCAAAUGAUGCAUUGAUUAUACAACUUUUAAGAAUUGAAAAUGAAUUGUUGCCUGAAAUGAGAGAGAGAGAGAGAGAGCGCUAUUCUUUCCUCAAUAACACAUUGAUUUUCUUUCCAUUUUUACAGAUAUGGAAAUAGGUUCACUGAUUUAUGCCAAAGAACUGACGUCACAAAGUGCAAUAUUUCAAGUAUCCCUAUACAUGGUAGUUACAUUGUAAGAGUUAGAACUGAAGUUGAGGAGGAGCGAUCAAACUGGGUAAACAUCACCUUCACACCAUUCAGUGACAGUAAGUGAAGAUUCAAGUUCACUGGAAUAUUAUUUUUAAAGGUUGUGUUGUCUGGCUUAACAAUAUGGUUUCUUUAGAACAACAUCAUGGUGAAGGGUUAGUUAAGACCAAUUAGAGCAAAGAAAAAGGCACAGGGUGAUAUCUACCUAAGUAUGCUCGGUAGACUCAGCUUAUGUUGGAUACUGUGCAUAAGUUCCAAGACCAUGUUCAACUUAGUAAAAUCUCUGUGUUUUUCAUAGACUAUGAGAGUUUCCCAUGGACAACCUUUGCUCUGAUUUGGCACACUCCUAGGAUUCCGCUCCUUUGCUUGUACAGCUUUCUGUGGGCCUCUUUGGCUUGUUGUGCCCUUUGGAAUAGUUUCACUUUUCAUUUUAGUUUCCAUUUAUCUGAUUUACCUGGAUUACUUCACCCAAAGUACUCUUUCAGCAGCUAGUUUUAUAAGCCCACAACCACAGGUUCCUGAUCAGUGUUCCCAAAGGAUUUAUAAUUUGAUCCCAUUUAUUUGUCCACUUAAACAGUUGUAUGCUAUCUGCAAACUUUCUCUAUAGAUCUUACCCUGAAGGCACUCCCCUUCCUACACCCACGCUCUGAAUAAAAAAAGCAGGGUAUUUCCCUGCUGUGUUUGAACAAUGCACUGAGAAAGGCUUGUGAAAGCUAAGUCAAAAUAGCUAUGUCAAAAUACUGGAGGGUUGGGGUGGGGACAUGGCCCCACAGUCAUUUUCACAUUCUGUCUCUCAAGCUAGUUUUACUAAUUGCAGUUUUGGAAUAUUAUGAUGGUUAGCUUGUUGGUGUGCAUAAAAUGUGACACGCAUUUGGACCUUUUUAUAACCAAAAUAAAUACUUCUGAAACCAUUCAAAUGCUAUUGGAGCCAGAGAAUAAGUGGGCCUGUAUAUAUUUUAUUUCUUCAUUUCUGAAUCCAAAAAGUAGUUGCGGGCAUUAUUUCUUGGUAAUCGAUUCGCAAGGCAUCCAUUAAGAAACAACUAGAGGUAGCUGAGGUGCUUUGAGAGGAAGUGCAGAUCAUUUAUGAUAUAAUGAGAAAUAUGAUGUGCUUGAUUAUACUCUCUCAUAAAGCUUCAAAAAACAUAUGUAGGCUAUGAUCCCAGACCUUUCCUGGGAAAAUGCACAGGAAACCUGUUCUCAGUCAUGGACAUAGAAAUUUGAUUCAGUAGUCAUAGCAAUGAAGCUGCUUAUAACUAGAGGCAUUUUGGUAGAGCACAGUCGAUUAAUGCAUAAACUAUCAGUCCCUCAAAAUUAAGAACCAUUCUUAUUCAUGUUUAACAAACUGAACCUGCAUCCAUCUGUUCAACAGAGACGAUGUAACCUCAAAAGAAGUUGAAAAGAUGAGGCAAUGAAAACAUUCCAUACUCCUGCUUUUGUUCUUAGCAAAAGCAGAAAUAAUAUAGUGUUCUUAUGGUGCCACAACUAUUCAGGUGCCACUUCCCUAGUGUUUCAUUCUAUAUUAAAUACUUUCUCGAACUUUUUCAUGUGAAAAAAAGCAAACUUCUUAUAUGGUGUACUGCAUAUUUAAAUGGAUCUAAGAGCAAAGUAAAAACAAACAAAUUUGUUAACUUUUGUUUUCCUCCACUUCAUUUAGCAAUCAUUGAACCACCUGCUGUAGAAGCUGAAGCUACAACACCCGGGGUCUUGAUUGUACAAAUCACAGACCCACUUGUUUCUAGAGAUGGUGACAAAUAUUCCAUAAAACAUUUUUAUGGCCAUGGUUUUGUGACUUACAAGAUGCGAAUUUGGAAGAAAGAUUAUGAUGGUGAACAGGUAGAGUGAAUCUGUUAUGGUGAUUAAAUAUGUUGCUACAUAAACAAGUACAGGAAAGCUUUAGUGAGUUCUGAGUCUCAAAAACUUAAACCUGAUCAUUAGAUAGCACUGACAGGGUCAACCAGGCUACGUUAGUUUCUAAGUAAGUUUUCCAGUAGGAGUCUAUUCUCUUCUACUAGCGUUCGAUUACUGGUACAGAAGUGUGCUGCUGGUAGUGAUUUGUAAUGAGUGAUUUGUAGGAUGGGAGAAUCAGGCCUCUCUAAGAUAAGGAUUUAGCACCUUAUUCUUUCAUCACUGGGAAGGGUUGAAAAGGGACAGCAUCCUUUGCCAUAUGUUUUUUGACGUACAGAAACCUUAAGUUGUGGCACAAAACAAUAAGAGGUUUUGUAGGAAGUGGGUCAGAGCCAGUAGGCUCCAGCUAGCUUUCCAAGCAUAGCCUUCUGAUUUAAGGUAAAGGGCAGGACCUAGAAAGGAGGAUAGGAUUGUGCUGUUAAGAUUCUCAUUUGUCAAUUUCCUACUUUCAUACUAGGUUAGAUAUGUGAAUAUAACACAGUCUUCUAAAACAUUGCCUGAUCUGGAUCCUGGGACAACAUAUUGCCUUCAGGCUCAAGCAUUUAUUGUUGAAUUAAAUAAAAAUGGGGACUGGAGUAACGCUUUAUGUAUCACUACAACUGACAAUGGUAAUAUUUAAUGGAUUUAAUACCUAUUCAUAAAGGACAUUUUUAAAGUCUGUACUCUUUCUCCACCCCACACCCCACUUAUUGAUUGAAUUAAAGUGAAACCUCACUGAUUUGUGCUUAGAUUUAUAUAAAACAUCUAGGCUAAUCCUAUGCAUGGUCGGUCACUCACAAAUAAAUCCUUCUGAAUUUCAUGUCAUUUACACUCAAGUAAGUGAGCAUGAGCUAAGAAUCUUGGUUUUAAUACUUCAGUUUUGUGCUCCUGAAGCACAUCCAAAUUAGGAAGAACUAGGGCAUCUUCCUAUUGAAGCAAAAACAAAGGUCUGAUUUGGGCCAUAGGGUCAGCACUUGCCAAUCUGAGAUUUUGAUCAAGUCAUGUUUGAAUACACUUAAUGGCUACUAGACACAGUGGCUAUGUUCUUUAUCCACUGUCCGGCAGUAUAUCUCUGAGUGCCAGCUGCUGGGGAUCAGAAGUGGGAAGGAUGUUGUUGGGCUCAUGUCCUGCUUUCAGGCUUCCCAUAGGCAUCUGGUUCGCCACUAUGAGAACAGGUUGCAGGACUAGAUGUCCACUGAGCUGAUAUAGACUCUUGUGUUCUUAAUGCAUAUGCCCAUUCACAUGCAAGUGGAAUGUUAGCAUGCAGGUGUCCUCAUGCUGUCAGCAGUUGAAUGGACCACCCAGCACACUUGGUAACUGCAUUUAAGUUAGUCCAGGUGCACGUGAAAAGCUUACGUGCAUAAGGACUUUACCCAUGGUCCAUGUCCUAUAACAUGUCAGGCCUCUCAGACUUUGAUUUGAAGGCACAAAAAAUUAUUAUAUAGAACAGACGAACUCUACAUCUGAAAAUGGCUGGCUAAAAUGAAACAAGCUUACAACAGACCAAAUGUUAUUUUCAUUUCUUCUGUGCCCCUAUCAACAAAUAUAAAUAUUGUCUUAGUUGUAAUUUUGUUAUUGUGGAAUGUCUUAUGAAGUAUUUAAAUUUUCACACAGGAAAGUGAGGGGUUGGAGAAUAUGUACCUCUAUGAUAUACUCCAAAAGGAAUUAACAGUUUCUUUCCCUCCCCCCCCCCCACAUGUAGGUAUAAAUACAGUGCAGCUGACUAUUAUCCUGCUAUCAGUGUUGGCUUUGUUACCUUUCAUCUGCUUUAUGAUUUUACAUGUUUAUCGAUGGGCCAAAUACAUCUUCUUACCUUCGUAUUAUUUACCACAACAUUUCAUAGAGGUUUGUUCAUUUGUACUUUAAAGUUUACUUAAGAAUCUGUUGCUAAAACUUAUUAAAAACUCAAUCCAUCCAUCAACCAAUUAUUCUCCAUGGAGAUCCAAGAUAUGUAAAUAUAAGUACAACCCUCUAUAGUUUCGGUUUGUUUAAGCCCAGUUAAAAAAAAAUCAUGGGAAAGCUGCAAUAAUGUGGUCAUUUUUCCUCUAUUGGUGUAUCAUAAUCCUUUCUUCUGAAUGUCCCAUCAGAUGGUGACACUCACUGAAGUUCUCUACGGUGUCAAAACAUACCAUUAUCUCACCAAAUUGCUCUUUGUGAGGCACAAAGAAGCUGCUCAUUUCAGAUAUGACUGAACAGUGCACUUUGACUAUAUGCAUAGGGCUGGGGGCCAGUGGGGGAAUGGGACUCCAAUGGCUCCAUUGAGCUCCAUGCAGAUCCUCUUCCACAUAUGGAUGAAUAAUACCUACUAUUUAUUUGCCCACUGUACUUCAGUUUAAGAAUUUCUUCCAUGAUGCUGACACCUCAAAAAUAAUAGUUUAUAGGGCACUAUCUAUAGCUUGAGGGUAAGAAAAAGCAUUGAGAUUUUGAGAUUCUUAGAAUUGUAGUGGACAGUUAGUCACCUGGAUUAAUGUUUUAGUCUUUCCUGACAACCAGAAAAUAGGAAAUUUUUAUGCCUGGUUUAAAGCGUCUCUUAAAAGCAGCAGGAAUGAUGAGAAAAAAACAAGUUCCUUCAUCUUUCUUCUCUUUUUUCCCCUCACAGUUUUUAAGCAAGCCUUUUUACAGUUCUCAGUUACUUGCAUCUCAGUCACAAGGAGAAGAACAGUCCUUUGACAAGAUAAUUGUCCUUUCAGAGGAGUCAAAAAACGAUAAUGAAUCUGAGGAACAAAUGAGAAAUGCAAAGCAGCUGCUCCAAGGUUCUCAUGAAGAAAUGCUUAGGCCAAAAGAAGUUUCAGAUUUUACGCCUCUGGUACACUCUUAAGUGGAAGAAAAAAACGUGGAAAGUGUGUUUUGAAGGCAGUUGGUGGCACUUUCAAGGAAGCAACAAACACCUUGCACAUUACAGAUUUAAAACUGUUAACUUUGUGAACAUUAUCUUUCAAAACUAUAUUUAUUCUGUUAUAAUAUAUUUUUAAAGAAUCUUGUAAAUACAAAUUAUCUAUUUUAAAGAUUUAUUUUUUUAUAUAUUGAAGCCUUAAUUUUAGAACAAACUAUCAAUGAAGUAUUAGUUAAACAAGUUCACUCAUAUCAAAAUUGUGAAGUUCCAAAUCUUUUAUUACAAGUGGAUUUGUGCAUUGUGUAGAAUAGUUCAAAUUCAUUAUGAGAAACAUACUGGGAUUUAUAAAAAAAUGAUGCUCCCAUAGUAUUAUGUUUUCUGAUCCAUAUUUGCUUUAAACUGUGUCUGUAUUCAAGAACACCAUCAUACAUAGAAUCUAGGUAAGAACAUCUAUCCCUGUAAGCAAACUCCUAUGUGCAUCUCACUUGCUGGAUUGGGUAUAAAUCUGAUGUACAUCUUGUAUAGCUGGCAUCUAUCUACACUGUUUUCAAUGCGAUUUGCAUUGCAAGAUGCUUUCCCAACCUUAUUCUGGCGCAUCCAUUUGCCUCUUUUAAAGGCACAAAUAGAGUUGGGUUGGGAUUGCAGUCUUCACACCAUUAUCCAGCUAGAUACAUAUGUUCACAGUAGCAUGUUUCCAUAUGUUCUGAAUGUUAGCUAUAUAAUGAACACCAAUUAGUGUUGCGCAUGCAAAGCCAGGGCCUGAGAGGAGUGAAUACUGAAACCAGCCAACUAUCCACUGUCCUGUUUCACUAUGUCCCUGAACAAGAUGAUUUUUGGCUAUUGCUGAGCCCUGGAAACAUAGCUCCUGAGCUUGGCUUUUCAACCUGGGGAUACCUGUUCAACGGCUCAGUUUCUCGUAUGUGUAGCUCGUAUGUGCCUAAAUCCCUCUUCAGUAGAACCUAGGGCUCAUUCAUACUUCUGCUUGUCCCACCGGUUUCCCCGAGAAACCCCUCUGUUUACUAUUGAAUCGGAGCAAAUUGGGUUUUUCUCUGGAUUGACAUUUGUUCCGAUCUAGCACGAAAGAGCAGGGUUUUCAGAGAAAAGCACUGGAGCAAAGGCAAAAUCACUUGGAUCCUUGCCUAGAAUGCACUGGACAAGUGGAAAACCACUCAGACACAUGCUUUCUAUACAUGGGACAAGUGGAAGUGUGGACGAGUCCUUGGUCAUUACGAACUUCCACCGGAUUCUUUCCAAUACACGGAAGUAAUCUCCAUUUAUUUAGACUAGUACUAUGCACCUAUGGGAUGCGGGUGGCGCUGUGGGUUAAACCACAGAGCCUAGGACUUGCCAGUCAGAAGAUCGGCGGUUUGAAUCCCCGUGACGGGGUGAGCUCCCGUUGCUCGGUUCCUGCUCCUGCCAACCUAGCAGUUCGAAAUCACUUCCAAGUGCAAGUACCUUCUGGUGGGAAGGUAAACUGUGUUUCCGUGCGCUGCUCUGGUUCGCCAGAAGUGGCUUGGUCAUGCUGGCCACAUGACCCGGAAUCUGUACGCUGGCUCCCUUGGCCACUAAAGUGAGAUGAGCACCGCAACCUCAGAGUCGGUCACAACUGGACCUAAUGGUCAGUGUUCCCUUUACCUUUACUAUGCACCUGGGAGUAAGCCCCACCGAUAUUCGCAGAAUUUACUUCUGAGUGGUUGUGUAGAAGUGCACUUUGUAUGGCAUAGCUGCUUGAUCUUAAUUGGUUUUUUUACCAUUUUAAAUGGUUGUUUUUAGCCUUUUUACUGAGAAUUUUAUUGUUUUAUUCUUUUUGUAAAUAACCUCAAGGUUUUAUUACAACACUUACAUGCAUAUGAGUGUUCUGAAAUAAAUGCACACUGCUUCAGAGACAAAGCUAUGUUUUAUGACAAAUGUGCAGAAGAGGACAUUUAUUUAUUUUAAAAUAUUUGGCAUGUAUUUCAAUUUUUAAUGAUGGUACCUGACCUCCUAUUUUGAUUGAAUAAAUGUAUGGAAGUUCUCUCUCAG